AUGGACACUGCCAGCCUCAAAAACAGCCCAGUGCUCUCUAGUCCCUUCUCCUCACCAAAUGUUAGUGCCCUGCUGAAGAUUAAGAUAAUUUCAUGGAGUCAAGAGACUGGUUUGCCAGUUUCGGUUCGCAUUCAAGUUGUUGAUAGAACCUUUAAUCUGCACAAGUACCCACUGUUUUCCAAGAGUGGAUACUUGAAGCGAAAAUUGAGCGAGUCCAAUGAGGCUGAGUUACCUCAAAAUUUCCCAGGAGGAGCAGAGACCUUUGAGAUGAUUGCACUUUUCAUUUAUGGUUCCUCCACAUUAGUUGACCCCUUCAAUGUAGCAGCCCUGCGAUGUGCGGCGGAGUUCCUUGAAAUGACAGAAGAGCAGAGCUCUGGCAACCUUUGUGAGAGGUUUGAUAUUUACUUGAACCAAGUGGUGUUGCAGAGUUGGGAUGACACCUUGAUUGUUCUCCAAAAGUGCCAAACAUUGCUUCCCUGGGCAGAAGAGCUACUAAUUGUGACCCGAUGCAUUGAAUCUCUUGCUUUCAUGGCUUGUAUGGAAAUUCUUGACCCGGAGAGGAGAAGGGACAAGCCAGUAGUUACACUGGAGGCUUUGGCCAGUCAAGCAUGGCGCAGUGAAGCACUGAAGGAAAUACUGAACCAGAAUCUGUGGAUCAAGGAUCUCAUUGCCCUGCCAUUUGUCUUCUUCAAGAGGAUAAUUGGUUCCUUGAGAAGACAAGGAAUGAAAGAAAAAUAUGUGAGCCCCAUUAUUGUUUUCUACACGAACAAAUGGGUACUCUCGAAGAAGACACGCCAGUUCUGGGAGCAAUCCGGUGAGAGAAAUGACACCAAGAACAAAGUUUCAGUUAUCUUAGAUGGCAUUCUUGAUUUGCUACCAAUGGGAAAUAAAGCCAGUAAAGUGAUUCCUGUUGGCUUUUAUUUCUCAUUGCUCUCUAGGUCUCUUGAACAUGGUCUAGGAAGUAAGAGUACUGCAAAGUUGAAAGAUCAGAUUGCAUCUGUUUUGCACUUGGCACAGGUGGAAGAUUUUCUCUCCAUUUCCUCCAGCAUAGAAUUGGACAUAAUGCAAAGUAUCUUCUCAACAUAUGUGUCAUCCAACAUGGAGUCAGAUCGCAGUCCUUCCCCGAGCAAUUCUAUUGUUGCAGAGUUGUGGGAUUUAUAUCUCUCAAAUAUGGCUCCUGACCCAAAAAUUGGACCUAAAACAUUCAUGGAUCUUAUUGAAAUUGUUCCAGCAUCAACCAGACAGAACCAUGAUCAUUUGUAUAGAGCAUUGAAUGCCUUCCUACAGGCUCACCCAGGCAUAUCGCAAGAUGAGAAAGGGUCAGUGUGCAAAUACCUCAAUUGCCAGAGGUUGUCACAAGAAGUUUGCAUUGAAGCAGUCCAGAAUGAGUUGAUGCCACUACGUCUGAUUGUCCAGGCACUUUUUGUUCAGCAACUAAACACACACCAAGCCUUCAAAGAGUGUUCAGAUUCAUUUAGGUAUGCACAUUGUGGAGAUUUCUCUGGCAGCCUCUCGAGCUCAAGAUAUGCAAACUCCAAAAGCCAGAACCUCGGUGAGAGUCCAUACACAGAUGGUGUAGAAGUCAGUAGACCACUGAGCUUCUUGCUACAGAAAGAUACAGGAAUCCAGAGGCCUGAGUUCUCAAGGAAGGAAUAUGAAUCCACAAGCUUCAGAAUCCAGAAUCUUGAACAAGAGCUUAUGUCCUUGAAGAGAAGCCUUCAACUGCAGAACAUAUCUGUAAAAGCAGAAAAAGUUUCAAAAAAACCAGAACCAGUUUCAGGUAAUCCACAGAGCUUGAGGCCAUAUGGUUUGGAGGGAAGAACACUGAGUUGGAAGAGAAACCCACUUGGCCAAGUGAGUGCUUGCAUUGGUUCAGUGAACUUUGCUUCUCACAGGAAGUAUGCAAGAAGGCUUCUGAAGGUGUUUCAAAGGAUAAGUUUCUUUGGACAAGGAAAAUCAAAGAGGAAGCCAGGUUCCUCUGGCAUUCGGCCCUAGUUGAUGUAACAUGAGCUUAGGCUUGUACUUAUGAUAAUUAGACCAGCAAAAUGUGACUCAGUUCAUUAAAGAUUUAAUAAAUUGGACCUCUAUCUCUGGAUGAAAGCAUGAUCCACAGAGAUCAA